AUCGGUUCGGAUGCCUCUACCACCAUGGAUUUCCGGAAACAAAAGCAAAGCGCCGGCUCCUACUCAUGGCUUCCUGUCUGAUGGAGGGAAAGUCCGGAAUCCAAAGAAACCCAAAGCGCGUCCUCCUAAGUCGUUGCGAGAGACUAUGCUCUUGCCGGUGAGAUCGUUGCCUGCAUAUUCCGGACCGUACUCUGUAGGAACCAUGGAGAUUGAGGUGCCGGUCGAAGAAGCUCGAACAUUUACCAAUAUCACGAGGAAGGGAAACCACGUACUGCAAUUGAAGACUGUGCUGUUGACAAUCUACUAUCCGGCUUCUCCGCCGCAGAAGAAACGACCAUCUAGACAGUUGUGGCUGGGUCGACCUCGAAUUAGCAUGGCCGAAUCAUACGGCCAAUUCGCUAGCGUUGGAUACCUGGGUGUGCCAGUGUUCCUACCCACGAUGUUCACAAAGCUUCCAGCAUUUCGAAAUGCUCCGCUUUCGUCUCAAUACCCUCCGAAUACUGACGAUGACGAAGAAGACCAAAAGUCGGGUGAGACCACAGAGGAAGAGGAACAUGAUGAGCAGGAUGAACCGGCGGAUGCUCCACCGAAAUUUCCUCUUAUGAUCUUUAGCCAUGGUCUAGGCGGCACCAAGACCGCUUACUCGAGUGUUUGCGCACUGGAACAUCGAGAUGGCAGCGGUCCUCGAAGCUUUAUCAAUCAGCCCGGCAGUGGGGAAAUUCGAUUCGACAAGGCUGGUGAGCGCCGAGAUCCAGAGAAGCACCACAGAAGUCAUGGCAACACGCACUACGAUGUAAUUGACUAUCUUUUCCCCAAAGAUAACCCUAUGGAUACAAGUCCGAACAACGAUAAAGGAGUCGACCGAGACCUCAGAGGAGGUCAACUGGAUCUUCGCCUAGCGGAGAUUGAAGAAGCUUACAGAGUCAUAAACAUUAUUAAUUCUGGAAAAGGCGAAGACAUUGCCGCGCAGAACAUGCGUCAGGAGGGCUUCAAGGCUUCGAGUACCCAUGGUCUAGAUGGCAUUGAUUGGACAGCAUGGAAAGGUAGAGUCAACACUCAGUUUGUCAUCGCCGCUGGACAUUCUUUCGGUGCGGCAACUGUUGUGGAUAUGCUAAGGCACGAGAAACGAUUCAACUGGGUCGCGCAGGGCAUCAUCUACGACAUCUGNGGGGUAAGCCAGGCACGAUAUUACCCAACAGGAGCUCUACUGACCAUCUUCUUCUGCAGGAGUGGAACCCGACCGUUAGCUGAUGAAGAUCAGAAGAUCCAGGCCCCGCUUCUGGCCAUCAAUUCAGAAGCCUUCACGUACUGGCCGUCGAAUUUCGACCUUGUGUCAAAUCUGGUUAAAGAGGCCCACCCGUGUCCAGCGUGGCUUCUGACUGUCCGAGGAACGAUACAUGUUUCACAGUCCGACUUUUCGUUGUUGUAUCCUAAUGUGUGUUCGCUCUUGCUGAAAGCAAGCGCCAAUCCUGAGCGAGCUCUGGAUAUUAAUGUCAACGCAUCGCUGGAGUUCUUAAAUAUGGUCAUGCCUUCGAUACCAGCUCGGAUCAAGAAGGCGUUCCCGAACGAAGAGUUAUUACUCACAGAAACCCACCAUCUCGAAGACAUCCCUAAGAUAGACAUGCAUAAGCCAAAGGACGAAAAGUGGAUGGCGGCCAGGUUGCGCAUUCCGCACGAGUUCACGUGGCGUGUUGCUCCCGGAGUAGCGAGAAAGUUGGCGCGGAAGAGGAUCAAAGAGGGAGGUGGUUCCCCAGAUGAUGAGAUUUGGUUACAUUGCAAGCCAGUGGAGGGCACAGUCGACAAGUAUAAUGCCACUGUGGACAAAAAGAAGGCGAAAGAUCCAAAGAGACCGGAAGCAGCACCUGGACCAGAAGCUUCAAAAACGGUGGGUAAGAAGAAGACGAAAGAUCCGAAGGAUUCAAAAGCAGCCCCUGGAUCAGUAGGUCCCAAUGAAGGUACCAAGGAUGAGCCGGGAUGUAAGGAAUGGAGAAAU